GGCCCCCCCCCCCGACUGCCGGGUCCGUAGCCGCGCCGGGGCAGGGUGGGGUUGGGACUCGUCGCCGUCGCCAUGGAGAUAGACGCGCGUUUCCGCUACUACUUCCAGCACCCGUGGUCGCGCAUGGUCGUGGCCUACCUGGUGACCUUCUGCAACUUCCUGAUCUUCGCCGAAGACCCCAUCUCCCACAGCCAGACGCAGACCCACAUGGCGGUGGUGGGGAACUGCUUCUCCUUCCUGUUCAACAAGUACCCCGGCGGGGGCUGGAACGCCGUCAAGGUGGUGUGCUGGAUCCUGGCCAUCAUCACCGGCCUGCUGGCCGGGAAGUUCAUCUUCCACCGGCGCCUCUUCAGUGGUUAUCUACGGCUGAAAAUGUUCCGAGAGGACCACGGCUCCUGGAUGACAAUGUUCUUCAGCACCAUCCUCUUCCUCUUCAUCUUCUCCAACAUCUACAACCUGUUCCUGCUGAUGGCCGGGGACAUGGGGCCUUACAUGGUUACCGAUCACAUGGGCAUCAGGAAUGAGAGCUUCAUGAAGAUCGCGGCCGUGGGGACGUGGAUGGGAGACUUUGUCACCGCCUGGAUGGUGACAGACAUGAUGCUCCAGGACCAGCACUACCCUGACUGGGGCCAGACGGCAAGAAGGUUCUGGAAGAAAGGCAACAACAGGAUCGUCCUCUUCUGGACGGUGUUGUUCUCGUUGACGUCGGUGGUGGUUCUGGUCAUCAGUACGGACUGGAUCAGCUGGGACAACCUGAACCGGGGCUUCCUGCCCAGCGACGAGGUUUCCAGGGCCUUCCUGGCCUCCUUCAUCCUGGUGUUCGACCUGCUCAUUGUCAUGCAGGACUGGGAGUUUCCACAUUUCAUGGGCGACCUGGACGUGAACUUGCCAGGAAUGUCAACAACGCAGGUGAAGGUCAAGCUGCCAGUCUGCAAGGGCAUCUUCAAGGAAGAGUACCACAUCCACAUCACAGGCAAGUGGUUCAACUACGGCAUCAUCUUCCUGGUGCUCAUCCUGGACCUGAACAUGUGGAAGAACCAGAUCUUCUACAAGCCCUACGAGUACGGCCAGUACGUGGGCCCCGGGGAGAAGAUCUACACGGUGGAGGAGCCCGAGACGCUGGCCAGCUUCAACCGCAGCACGCUCACCUACGCCUGGCGCUCGGGCAACACCGACCCGGCCACCAACCAGACGUACGUGACGCGCGACAUGUUCCUCCACAGCCGCUACACCGGCGCCAGCCUGGACGUCAAGUGCCUGGCCUUCGUGCCCAGCCUGGCCGCCUUCGCCCUCUUCGGCUUCUUCGUGUGGCUGCUGGGCCGCUUCCAGGACAGCGAGACCAUCCCGCAGAGCCAGGACCAGAACUACGAGCGGAUCAAGAGGAAGUCCCCGUCCGAGUACAGCAAGGAGAUGGGCGUGACGCCGGAGGAGGUGCCCGUGACCGCGGGCGACGGGCUGAGGAAGGCCGGCACGCCCAUGCUGCUGUCGGUGGACGGGUGCCACUUCGGCGGCGCCAGUCCCUCCACCAACUCGGCCUCGCUGGUCUCCGUGGAGACCACCCAGACGUCGGUGGAUCACCCGAGCGUGGUGGUCGACAGCCCCGUGGGGGGCGAACCGGGGGGGUCCCUGGACGCCCUGGAAGCCCCGUCGGCGUGAGUUCUCGAGAGAAGAGCCGGGUCGGAAGACUUUGAUUUCGAUAGCGAGGUAAGGGCAAUGGGGUUCUUGCGGGGGCUUUUUGGAUCCUAGGGUAGAACCGGGAUGAACGCGGGGCCGGGGGUAAGUGUGACGACGGCGAUGGAGCCGACCUGCACCCAUAAAGGUCUAAAUAAACGUGGGCAGAGCCAAUGAGGACACGCUUCCACUCCCCCCCCCGAAUAACGAAGAAAGUCUUCAUGUGUAACGAUCCCCACUGACAACCAAUCGCUUAGUGGAUUUUCUACUUUUUUAAUAAAAACAAGUCUUUUUAAAACUUCUUACAAACAAUAAUUGCGAUAACAUACAUAUUUUCAAUAGGUAAAAGCAUCGACAACAGAAAACUCAGAUAGAAAACCUUGAUUGACAUGGUGCUUGCUCCAUUUUAGGAUUUCAUAAAUGCGAUUUGUUAAAAUAUAACUAUUUUGUGCCUAUGCCAGAGAAGCAUUUCCAUAGUGGUGGUCUGAGCGUACCAGACCAUUAUUACAACACCAGUGCCUUGAUAUUUCAUGAAGAAAGACAAAAAAACAUACACAACAACAAAAACAACAUAACCUGACCAUCUUAUAUUGUCAUAGCCAGAAUAACGGUGUGUGUGUGUGUGUGUGUGUGUGUGUGUGUGUGUGUGUGUGUGUGUGUGUGUGUGUGUGUGUGUGUGUGUGUGUGUGUGUGUGUGUGUGUGUGUGUGUGUGUGUGUGUGUUUGGGUUUAUUUUUCUUAUUUUACAUGGACAACGGUUACCUCAUCGGAACGUUAUUAUUUAAUUUACGAUAUUGACAUCAACUGAUGUCUUGCUCUCUCCUCUUCUCUGUUCCCCUCUGGUUCUAACGACAUGGCGAGGACCACCUGUGUAAACUGAGUGGUGCCUGUAUUUAUAUUGUCAGUCGGAGCGAUAAUAACCAGCCGUCUGUAAUUAACAAACAAACUGUGUCAUGAUUGCUUGUGUGGCGCAAUGACGUUGUGUUUCUCGGCACCGCGUUGGCUGCCAUCGUUGGAAAGAAGGCUCGAAGGCUCAGGAUUUUCCAAUCACCCAAAAGCAGAAACUUCAGUUUUGGUUGUAAACCAACCGCAUUUAAACAUUUGAUCCGAUUUAUUUGUUUGUUUGCUCUGCGGUUCAAAUGUGGUGUCUUUCAUUGCUGAACAUUUAAAUGUAAAAAAAAACAAUCCUGCUGCAUGGAACCAGAUUUAUUUUAUGUCAAAGAAAUGUCACGUUAGCUUUGUACCCUGGCUAUCGCUAUGCUACCUGUUAGCAUCAGUAAUAUGCCAGAGUCGCCGUUUAAAGAGGUCAAAUAUAGAUUUAGUAUUUUGCGAAAAACCAAAAUUGUGUCGUCUUUGAAUUUAAUGUAUUUCACUUUUUUGGUUCAUCGGUAAUGUGGGCCUUUUUGUGUUUAUGUGUGUCUGCAUAUCAGUGUGUGUGUGUGUGAAUAUCUGUGUGUGUGUGUCGAUGUAACCAUAGUUUUGCUUGGUGUUCUGGACUCAACCGUCACACGUGUUUGUGUGUGAGUGUGAGUGUUUUCGUGAAGAGGUCAGCUUGUUAAGCGCCAUGGCAGCGGUCUUUCCUUCUGUAAUCAUCCCAUUACACCUCGCAGGUCACAAAAGUCAUUACCACGCUAGCGUGUGCUGCUUUACUGGUUCAUUUCGGUGAUUGCUUUGUGAGAUUACAGCGGAUAUGGAACAGGCCAACCCAAACGAAUAAGCGACUCGGUGAUUAGGAGGAGGAUAUUAAGGAUAUUGUGAUGUUUUUUGCUUUAUUGUAUUGUUAAUUAAAAAAGGUUUCCCCCUC